AAAAUUGAAAAAAAAAAAAAACACAAUAAAGACUGUUUCCUGUGAAGGAAUCAGCUUCUGCUUCUUCCCCAAGUAUUUGACACAUACUGCAACACGUCUCUCUGUUCUGUUACCCCCCCCCCCUCCCCACUCCUCCACCCCUACCCUACCCCCCUCACCCCACAUAGGGUACCCUCUCUCACUCAACGUCGACGACAAAAGAAUCAAGUAAUCAGGUUUCUUUGAUAAUCGGAGCUGCGAGGAUCUUGGGAAAUUGUCUGUUUCUUCAACAGUGGGCAUUUGCACAUAUUUUCUUGCAUUUUGAUGAGAAUGGUUUGAAGUGUAUGAUAUUGCAAAAUGGGACCUGAAUUAGAGAACAAGCAAAAUACAGACACGAUGUUAGAGUCUUCAGCAAAAAAGCAGAGUGGAAGUGAUUCUAAAGAACUUGAAGCUAGUUAUGUAAAUUCUGCUAGCAACUAUGGGGACUAUACCUCCUUGGUUGAACAAGUAAAAAAAAUCCAUGACAGUGAGGACAAUGAAAUUGAUAUAACAGGUACAGAGCCUGCUGAUAAUGUGCUGGUGCAAUCAGAUAGGGAGGAGUUGACGGAAAGCUCAAGUUCUUUUGAGAGUAUUAUUUCUGAAACAGAGGAUUGCACAACCAUGAAUGACACGGAGUGUACAUCAGAAUACAAUGGUGAUGCUACAUCAGAACAAGCAUUUAGUGGAUUUGGUGACAUAUUUAGGAUGACGAGGAAAAAGGUGACUCCUCAUUGGAGAGAGUUUAUACGACCUCUUAGGCAGCGAUGCAAGUUGAUUGAGUUGAGACUCCAUCUGCUUCAGUCUCAAACUCAGAAAUAUGAGAAACAAAUGCGGGAUGGCAACCAUCAGAUGAAGCUUCAAAUGGGAAGUGCUCGAUUGGAAGAUUUAGGUUCAAAGUCACUUCCAUUUUCUUGUAAUAGUUUAAGAGAUAAGGUUGUGAAGAGAAAGAAGAGAAGAAGAACUGAAGACACAUUGGAUACAGCAGCUUAUAUGUCUCAUCAUCCCUUGUUUUCUUUCUUUGAAAAAAGAAAGUCAAGUGCUGAUGGUGCUUUUCUGGACAAUGAGUUGGACAAAAUAGCCAUCUGCUCUGACAAGAGCAAUGCUGGUGCUGAGUUUGAGAUUCAAGAUGACUUGCACCAACAGCCUGCUGAUGGUGAUACUUCCCUGGAGAAAAUACUCCACAAGAUUGGGGUUCUUCAGUCACAAGUUAUCCAGCUUAAAACUAGACUUGACAAGGUAACAAGUGAGAAUGAGAUGUUCUCAAGCACUGAUGACUUGACAUCGCUUCUACCAUGUAAUGCUUUGGGAAGCUCUGCUCGAAGUUCUGGCCUUUUUCAAGACAAUCGAGUUAAAAUGCCAGCAGGAUCACGUGAUGUUGUAUCACAACUGAUAUCUGAGUAUAAUAUGGUUAUGCCUGACAGUGCAGCUUCAAGGUAUGGAAAAGCAGUGAGCGUCCCUGAUGUGAUUGAAAGCACAGGCCGUUCACUUUUGGAUAGAAACACCAAUCCUGAAGAUGGCGUCCUAAUCUACAAUCAAAAAAUGAAGGAAGAGAUGAGCAACUUUGAGGAAUUCAAGAUUCAUUCUGUGGAAAAGCCUCCGGUUUUAGAGCAUGUCCAGGAGGUUACCACUGCAGCUAGUGUUCCAGUUCCAGAUCCAGAGCCUGCCCAGGAUGAUCAACCGGCUCCAAAAGUUUGCUCUAUUUCCAGGAUUACUGCUCCUAAGAGCAAGAAGAGGAAGUCUAGACGGAGAGCUGGUUCUGGUAGGCGGAGUUACUGAUGUUCAUCUUAGCUGUUGUGAUUGCUCGGUAUAUAUCUAAUAUCUGAUUCAAUUAUCUAGUACAAGUUGAUUUCAAUUCCGCACUUCUCUUGGAGAUAUAAUCAAGCAUGUAAAUUAAUACUCAAAAUCUGUUGGAACUCAACUCUCUCCUGCAAAUGCACCAAGUGACUAACUAUUUUUGCAAUCUCAAUCCUGUUUAUAUAUUA